GAUGGUUGAUUUUCUUCUUACCUCGACCUCGACCUGCUCUCGCGCGACCCUCGAAAACGCGCACGAACGAAUCUUGUGUUAAAUGACAGACUCAGACCAAGUUUGGGGUCGAGUCCUCAUGUGCGGUGGAACCGACUGGCUCAAACUCGGCCGUCGAGGAGACUCCAAAUCGAUACCACAAGACGAAGAAGACCAUCCGGACCUCCCAGAACCAUACUACCUUCGGUCACUUUCGGCUGUCAAAGCCAAGUCUAUUCAUACAUCUUGUUCCGCGUGUCAUUUUGUUGUGAUCUCCACUAGUGGAGAGGCUUUCCUUUUUGGUAGGAAUCAGUUUGGGUGUCUUGGUGUGGCGAGUGGGAAGUACCCGUAUGUUUCGGAGAGUGCGCCGUUGAGGUUGAGGGUUAGUGAUUUGAGUGGAGGGGGAGAGGGAGAGGGAGGGAACAAGUUUGUGCAUGCGGCUAUGGGGAGGAAUCAUACGUUGCUUGUGGAUUCUUCUGGAGUUGUGUAUGCGGCUGGAGCAAAUUCGUUGGGACAAUGUGGGGUUGGCGGUGUUUCGGCUCAGGUUGGGUCGUUUAGGAAGGUUGUUGGGUUGGAAGGGGAGAAGGCGGUUAUGGCUAGUGCAGGUGUUACGUUUUCGGCUGUGUUGUGUGAGAGUGGGAAGGUCUACACCUUUGGCUCUGCCGAAGCUGGUCAGCUGGGACAUGGUACGACGGGAGAGAGGAUUAUUACGGGGAAUAAGACUGUGUUUGAUGUUGAAGAAGAAGCUACCCUCGUUCGCGGAAUACAAAAUACGAAGAUAACCUCAAUAGCCUGCGGGAACCAGCACACGAUAGCUCUAUCUGCAGAGGGUAUCGUUUAUGUCUGGGGUUAUAAUGGGUACUGUCGACUUGGCCUGGGCAACCAGGUCGAUGUACUGAAGCCGAAAGUUGUGGAUCAGUUUUUGAAGGAGGGAAAAAUGGAUGAAGGGGAACAGCAGACAGGAACGGCUCGUUAUGUGACUGCUGGACCUGCGACGAGUGUCGUUAUUGAUAGACAAGGGAUGUUUUGGUUGGCUGGUAGGUGGAAACAAACUGGCGAAGGAUCGUCUGGAUCACCUUAUACCACCUUCCGGUUCCUGAGCGAUAUUAUGGCAUGUAAAGUCGCAUGGGCAUCUCUGGGCGGUGUUACCCACUGGAUCUCAACGCCAUCCAGCUCGGACUUGGACCCCCUCAUAGACGUAACUGCAGAACGUAUGAUUGUGACUUGGGGACAGAACGCGGCGAAUUCAGAGUUGGGAUUGGGAGAUGGACAGCCGAAGAGUUGUACGAAGCCGCAGAAGCAUGAGCUGCUUGAGGGUGUUGGGGAGGUGCUUGGUAUCGCAGCAGGCCAAAACACGACACUGUUCCUCGUAAAACCUCCAGAUCCCAAGGACAAAGAGAAGGAAAGAGAGAAAGAAAAGGCAAACGGAGCUUCUAUUGUGAACCCCAACGCGAACAAGACUAAAGAAGAACAAGAGGAGGACGAUGGAGACAAGUUCUCGGAUCUCCCUCGGUGGCCUGAAGAAGUUGCGGAUACUCCGGAACACUGUUUAGUGUGUGGGAAGGAUACUGGGGAUGAUGAUUCGCCUUUGGAGUGUGAAAAGUGCGACAACCCGUACCACUUAUCGUGCCUGACACCGCCGCUUACGGCGGUUCCGGAGGGUCAGUGGUUCUGCCCGCAGUGUAUGAAGGAUCCCGAAGCGCCGGUGAGGGGGUAUACAGCGCCGAAGUAUGUGGCGGAUUGGAGUGGGGAGGAGGAAGAUGGUGGGAAGAAGAGGAAGUUUGGUGGGGAUUCUGGGCUUGGUGGGAAGAAGAAGAAGCAAUAAGGCGAGGGUUGGUGUUCUGGUUUACUGCAGUUUUGGUUUUCGGACAGGAUUGGAUUGUUCGUUAUGGAUUAUUUCUUUUUUUUUUCUGGAUCUUUCGCAUUUGUUGUUGUUGCUUUGUUCUGUUCUUUGUUCUUUGUUCUUUUUUUUUUCUCGUAUCUAUGUAAGGAAUCGGAAAUUCACCAACUUUUUAACACAGUCCG